AUGCAAGAAGAAACUGGUUUCCUAAAAAAAUUACGUGCUUGUGUUUGGCAUCUUGAAAUUGAAUCUGCUGAGUUUAAAGAAAGGUGGAACAAGGUGAUGGUUGAAUACCACUUGGAAGAACAUGAGUGGUUAGGUUAUAUGUAUAAGAUAAGGAACAAGAUGAUUCCAGCGUACUUCAGAGAUGUGUUCCUUGGAGGAAUAAUGCCUGCAAUUGAUGCCCAGAGACACACUCAAGGUCAGAAUGAUAACGAUUCAAAGCACAAAUAUCUUGAGUGCAAAACACCACUAGGGAUAGAAAAGCAUGCCUCACAUUUAUAUACUAACUCUUUCUUUUAUGAAUUUCAAUAUGAGGUUGAAAUUGCUUGUUUUUCUUGUGGUGUUGAUGAAUUGAAGAAAGAAAAUGGAUUGGAAGUUGCAAAAGUAAGUGAAGGAAAUCGGAUUAGAACAUUUGAUGUUGUGUUUAAUCCAACUAACUAUGAAACCACAUGUUCUUGCAAGCUAUUUUAUAGACAAGGAAUUCCGUGUAGACAUAUCAUUUGGGUUUGGAAAGCAAAAAGGUUUGAAACCAUUCCUGAGCAUUAUAUGCUACACAGAUGGACUACUAUGGCACUGAAAAAACCAAUUUUUGACUUAGGUGGAAACCUGUUGGAGCAAUAUAUUCAAGUUCUUAUGAUAAAUCUUCAAGGAAUAAGAAAGGAUUUGGAGGCUAAGAGGAUUGCAAGGAAUAAUGAAACAAAAGGAAGUGCAAACAACAAAGGACAAGACAUUGAGCUAUUGAUCGGAGCUAGUGUGCCAACUAAAAUAAAUGUCAGACCUCCACAAAUUUCAAAGAAUAAAGGGAUUGGAGUUCAUGUAUCGCAUGUAGAGACUUCAAAAGAGAAAGGGGCUGAGAUUGAUGUGUCAAAUGUUGAAACAAGAGGUAGAAGUGCAAAAAGGCUGAAGAGAGAAAAAGAAAAGGCUGGUACCAGUGAUAUAAUGAGAGCAGACAUGAAUAAGGAAUCUGGUAAUAACAUGACAGGCAUGAAUGAGGAUAUUGAUGAUGAAGAAGAAGUGGCAGAAGACAUACCAGAUUUUUAA